AGAAGAAGAAGAAGAAGAAGAAGAAGAAGAAGAGGAGUACUUCCGGCGGUCAAAGGUAAUCUCUGUAUUUGAAAACAUGGAUCCCAACAAAGUGGAUGAAGAGUCGGGCAAGAUGAGUGGUGAUGGAGACGGAGACGGAGACAUUGCAUCUGUCAUGGGAUUCUCUGGGUUUGGUAAGAAGGCCCGCACAUUUGACUUGGAUGCCAUUUUUGAACAGACCCGUCGAACAGCCGUUGAGAGGAGUCAACGUGUAUUAGACGAGCGGCAGAAGGAUGAUCAGAUGGAGGAGGAAGGGGAAAGCUCCAAAUCAGUCAAGCCAUCAGUCCAUGCUCAGAAAGACAAAGCUGCAGCUGCUACAUCCAGAAAACAGGAGAGUGAGAGCAGCAGUGAUAGUGGUUCAGACUCGGACUCAGACUCUGAUCUUAUUGGGCCUCCACUGCCUCCUCAAUAUGCAGCCCAGGAUGAGGGUGAUGAGCUUGUGCGACCGCCUCGUCCACCAGGCAGCAUGGCUCACAGUGAUGAAGAUGAAGAUGAUGAUGAUGAUGAAGAGGAGGCACAAGAUGACGAUGAUAGUCCAGUGAAGAAGAUUCCAGACACCCAUGAAAUCACUCUGCAGCACGGCACCAGGACGGUGUCAGCUCUCGGCUUAGACCCCUCUGGAGCCCGUCUGGUGACCGGUGGGUACGAUUAUGACGUGCGGUUCUGGGAUUUUGCUGGGAUGGACCAGGCUCUGCAGGCCUUCAGAUCCCUCCAGCCCUGUGAGUGCCAUCAGAUCAAGACCCUGCAGUACAGCAUCACUGGCGAUGUCAUCCUGGUGGUUUCUGGCAAUGCACAGGCCAAGGUGUUGGACCGUGAUGGCUUCAAUGUCAUGGAGUGUGUGAAGGGAGACCAGUACAUUGUGGAUAUGGCCAAAACCAAGGGCCACACAGCGAUGCUGAAUAGUGGCUGUUGGCAUCCCAAGAUUAAAGAAGAGUUCAUGACCUGCUCCAAUGAUGGCACUGUGCGCACAUGGGUCCUGAGCUCGGAGAAGGGUCACAAGUCUGUGUUCAAACCGCGAUCCUUCCAGGGGAAGAAGGUCAUCCCCACGUGCUGCACCUACAGCCGCGACGGGAAGCUCAUUGCAGCAGGCUGCCAGGAUGGCACCAUCCAGAUCUGGGACAGAAACCUCAGCGUCCAUACAAAGUUCCACUGUCGGCAAGCUCACAUCCCAGGAUCAGACACCUCCUGUCUCUCUUUUUCCUACGAUGGCGUGACUCUCGCUUCACGAGGAGGCGAUGACACUCUGAAGUUGUGGGAUAUACGUAACUUCAAGAAGCCUGUGAACGUAGCUACCGGACUUGAAAACAACUUUACAAUGACUGACUGCUGUUUUAGCCCCGACGACAAGCUUCUUGUAACGGGGACCUCUGUGAAGAGAGAACAGGGAGAUGGGAAGUUGGUUUUCUUCGACCGAACUUCCUUUCAGCGGGUCUAUGAAAUAGAAGUCACCAAUGCAAGCGUCGUUCGCUGUCUUUGGCACCCAAAACUUAACCAGAUAAUGGUGGGAACUGGGAACGGACUGGCCAAGGUCUACUACGACCCUGUUAAAAGCCACAGAGGGGCUAAGCUGUGCGUAGUGAAGAGCCAGCGGAAAGAGAGACAAGCAGAGACACUUACACAAGAUUACAUCAUCACACCUCAUGCCUUACCCAUGUUCAGAGAGGCCCGGCAGCGGAGUACACGAAAACAGCUGGAGAAGGACCGACUCGACCCAAAGAAGUCCCACAAACCCGAGCCUCCUGUCUCCGGACCAGGUCGUGGAGGAAGAGUAGCAGCUCAUGGUGGCACUCUGUCUUCAUUCAUUGUGAAGAACAUUGCUUUGGAUAAAACCGAUGACAGCAACCCACGACAGGCAAUCCUACGUCACGCCAAGGAUGCUUCAGAAAACCCUUACUGGGUCGCCCCGGCAUACACACAGACCCAGCCAGAGCCUGUGUUUGCAGAGGAAUCAGAGGAGGAUGAGGAAGCUGACAAGGAACCAGAGUGGAAGAAACGCAAGAUCUGAGGUGCCUCAACAGCAGCUCAUUUUUAUACAGGAUAGCAGACAGGAUGGGCUUUUGUUUGUAUAUAUAUCGCCGUAACUACGAGGUCUCGGGAUCAAACCCAAAACACUGAGUUCCUGUCAAAAACUGUGCAGGGGAGCAUCAAUUAAGUUACUAAAUUGCAGUCUCUGUCCUCCCGCUUGUAAUGUUUGCAGAUAUGUAUUUUAUGUGCGGCUCCUGUGUUAAGGAGUAGCACAUAAAUGUGCAGACAUUUUUACUGUGCAAGCAUAAUAUAGUUUUAUACAGUUUUAUGUUCGUCUGCUUCGCCUCGCAAUUCAUCAACUUCUAGAAGAACUUGGCUUUUUAUGUCUGUUUUGACGAUAUGGACUUUAUUUUCAUCCUUUCUAUUGUCUUCUUCUCCCACAUCUCCCGAGUUUCUUAAUGCCUCAUAAAUUGUCUCCAGAUUUUGUGGUCCGGUUGUGUUAGUCAACUGUGAAAAACAGUUUGCUAGUUUGUAAAAAGUAAAUUGCAAAGAAGUACACAAACUUGCGGCCAAUUUUCUUCUUCUUUUUUUUUUUUUUUUUUAGGGUUUACACUUUUUAAAGCGGUGCAGUUUUGUUGGAUAUACAAAACUUCAAUCAGCCAUCUGCUAAUUUAGAAUUGUUCCUACAUGCUGUAUUUCACCUCAAGACCUAUAUAAAGGAAUUUGUAUCCCAUUGUCAAAUAGUGAUAUAUAUUUACCCAAAUUGAAGCGAUAGAUCUGCUUUUACCAGCUGAUCAAAGGAAUUCUUCUGCCAGAUAUGUUUUUUAUGAGACGUAAAGCUUCAGAUACUGUACACUCAGUCCUGGCCGAAGCCGCUGUUUUGACUCACUGCUUUAAAUAAAGUUUUUACAGGCUACGUUUUGCACAGUUAUUCAAUUGGUAAACUUUACUACAAGCGCUGCAAUUUCUAAUAUUGAUGAAUAAAUAAGAAAUGAUGAUUAGAAUUUAAAAUAAUCUCAAUAAUAGGUACACUUGCUGGAUUUUUCUGUAGUUUUAACAACUGCAUCUCACAAUCUUUGUCACCAAAUUGAAGUUGAGGAAGACAAUGAGAUGCAAGUCUGAAUUUUAAGAUCAUUUUCUCAAAACAACUUCUCAAAAUGAAUAAUAUACUACUUUCACGCUUAAGCUCCAGUACCAAAUUGCAUUAUAUUUGUAGGGGCUCUUCACGCCUACAUUUUUAAGAAUAAACUUGGGUGUGGCUACAAACAUACCGUAUGUGUUUGUUGCAUUGUCUUUGCGAAAACAAAUAAUCUGUAAAUAACUGUAUAGCACACCUAUAACAGAUGUUUUCCCUUUGAAUGACCUGCACAGUGUCUAAAACUAUUUCAACUCACAGAGAAAACCACAACAUACAGAUCUAAUGACACACAUGUUUGUGUGCCUUAUACAUCUGUCUGGAAUGCAACAUCUGUCUGUCUGUAUCAAGUAAAACUAGUUUGUAACAAGAGAAA